AUGGGUUUCUGGUCGCCAAAGUUCCUAUCUGGUUAUCAGUCCCCACUUCCAGGGCGUGCACCCAACGACGCAAUCUUUUACUGGGAGGCCCUCGCUGUCGUCUCAGCAUUAGACUGGGCAUGCUCAACGCUUCCAAUCCCCCGGUGUCUUAUAGUUUACUCCGAUAACACGAACACCGUCGACAUGUUCAACUCGUUGAAGGCCCUACCACAGUAUAAUGAGCUCUUGAAGACUGCCGUCGACAUCCUCUUGCUCCACUCCAUCGAAAUACGGGUUUUUCACAUCCCAGGCAAAGACAAUGUCAUGGCCGAUGCACUGUCUCGGUUCGAUAACGACCUCGUAUACCAACUGGCUCCCACCGCCUCCAUUUCCUUGUUUCAACCCCCUCAGUCUGUCAUGAACGCUUAG